GUUGAAGUGUUGUAUUUUGCAAAAAGCGCGGAGAUAGCAGGAAUUCGUUCAGAGACCAUUUCUGUGCCACAAGAAAUAAAAGCACUGCAGCUGUGGAAUGAGAUAGAAACACGACACCCUGGAUUGGCUGAUAUCAGAAAUCAGGUGAUAUUUGCUGUUCGUCAAGAGUAUGUCGAGCUUGGAGAUCAGCUCCUCCUGCUUCAGUCAGGAGAUGAAAUUGCCAUUAUCCCCCCCAUUAGUGGGGGGUAGUGUUUUUGAGCCACUUGAGAAAGAUAUGAAUGAAGUUGAAGAGAAAUCUAAAGAUAUAAUAAAAUUUACUGCUAAGAAACUUUCUGUAGAUGAAGUCUCACAGUUGGUGAUUUCUCCACUCUGUGGUGCAAUAUCUCUGUUUGUAGGGACAACAAGAAAUAACUUUGAAGGGAAAAAAGUCGUUAGCUUAGAAUAUGAAGCGUAUCUACCAAUGGCGGAAAAUGAAGUCAGAAAAAUAUAUAGUGACAUUAGACAGAAAUGGCCGGUCAAACACAUAGCAGUGUUCCAUAGACUUGGCUUAGUUCCAGUGUCAGAAGCAAGCAUUAUCAUUGCUGUGUCCUCAGCCCACAGGGCUGCAUCCCUCGAAGCUGUGAGCUAUGCCAUUGAUAAUUUAAAAGCCAAGGUGCCGAUAUGGAAAAAGGAAAUGUAUGAAGAAUCAUCAUCAUGUUGGAAAAGAAACAAAGAAUGUUUUUGGGCAACCAGUGAUUAAAUCACUUAUGUUUUUAGAGUCCUAAAAUUUUAAUUUUUCUCCAGAAAUUAAGAUAGUUCACUGAAACGUAAUCUCUUAUGUUACACCAGUGGGACAAAAAGGAGGAAAAAAAGCAAAAUAAAUGGGUGUUUAGGAUGAGGUCUUACACUGGAAUUAGACGUAGGGGAAAGAUUUUAGGGGAAAAAAAUGGAAGAAUAAUGUAAAUGUGAGCAAAGACGCCUGUAGUAGACAUAUUAUUCUAUGACUAAAUCUGAUUGUGACUUGACUCACUGAGAUGUGGCGCCUCCUCACUGACUUUGUCCCUGACCUUGCCCCCAUGGCCCCACCCACACAUCCAGUCCUUGUUAUCAGGGAAGCAUUACCGGAAUGUUGACAGAACUGGAAUGUACAACGCAUCAUUAUCAAACAGUCUUGAUAUGAUGUAUUUUUAGAAUUUAUAUAUUUAAAAAAUAAGUCAAAUAAACAAUUUAAAAGGUUUAAAAGUA